AUGUCAAGAGUAAAAAUAAUUCCUUUAUUAACUGAAUGUCCAACAGUUCCUACCGAAAACUAUGAUCUAGAUGGACUACUUUCAGGUGAAAUUUCAAUGAAAAACAGAUCUCCUGUGAAUCAAAGCUGGUUUAAAAAUCCAAGCUUCACUAAUACAAAUUCCAAUGUUACCCCAUGAUAUUCUUCACAUGCCAAGAAGCUGUGGCAAAGAGCAUUUUUUAUUAUAAGAAUCCAACGAAUUCUAGAAAAAUUCAAAAGAGAGCUUAUGCUUUUCGGCACCUCAAACGAAGUUUUCGAUCAAGACAAAAAAUUCAAACAGAACCUUGAUUCAAUUCUCCAGAAAAAAGUUGACAAAGAAGAAGACUUUAGGGUAAAAAAAUGAGACCGUGACGAAAAAUUAAUUCCGUGGUAUAUAAUAGAUCCUGAUGGAAAAUUUAAAAGGUCAUGAGACAUGAUUCUGACUCUUUUUUUGCUAUAUACAGCUAUUGUUAUGCCUUUUCGACUUGCAUUUGCCGAGUUAAAAUUUUUCGAUGUAUGAACUACUAUAGAAAUUAUGAUUGAUUUACUAUUUAUAAUUGAUAUGUGUUUUAGCUUUAUUAGUGGAGUCCAUAGCUAUGAAGGAACUCUACAUGCAGAUAUAAAAUAUAUAAUAUGGCAUUACUUGAAAACUUGGUUUAUUAUUGAUGCAGUUUCUAGUGUUCCUUAUACACUAAUUGAUUAUUGGAUGGGUGGAGGCGGAAACACAACUCGCUCUAACAACCUUGCCAAGUUAUUAAGAAUUCCCCGGCUUUACAAGCUUUUACGAGUCAUAAGAAUUGCCAAAGCUUUAAAACACUACAAAAAGCAUGAUUUAGCUGACAAAAUCCAAGACAUGAUGCAGCUAAAUUCUCGAUUUUACAAGCUGAUGACGUUUUUGGUUUCAGUUUGUCUGUGUGUGCACAUAAUGGGCUGCUUAUGGUUCUUUAUGGCGAAAAUAAACAAUUUUGAUCCUGAUACUUGGGUGACUAGAUGUGGAUAUAUUGAUAAAACUGUAUGAGAAAAGUAUAUAGCAAGCAUUUACUGGGCAAUGACAACAGUUACUACAGUAGGUUAUGGAGAUAUUGCAGCUAGAACAGAACUAGAACAGUUGCUGGCUAUGAUUUGGAUGCUAAUAGGCAUUGGGUUCUAUUCUUUUACUAUAGGUGCGCUUUCUUCAUUCCUGUCAGAAAUCGAUACAAAGGAGUCAAUUUUGGCAGCAAAAUUAGCAGCAAUCCAUGAAUUUGCAAAUGAAACUGGGAUUUCUGCAGAAAAUAAAUCGAAAAUAAGAGAAAUAAUUAAAUACAACACAAGCAAAGUUGGGACUGUAUGAAGUGAUAAGCAUUCUCUAUUUAAAGAGCUUCCAAAAUCCUUACGAUACGAAGUCAGUGCUACCAUGUACAGCGGGAUUGUUAAAGACCUAAUUUUCUUCAGAGACCAAGACCCUUCUUUUAUUAUUUCAAUAAUGCCGCUGCUAAAGCCUUUGCAGCACAAAGAUUGCGACUUUUUAUAUCGAGAAGGCACUUUUCCAGAUGAAGUAUUUUUUAUUGUAAAAGGUAGAGUAAAUCUUGUAUUAGAAAAUAAUGGAAUUUGCUAUAAAUCGUUUCUUAAAGGCUCAUAUAUUGGAGAAAUUGAAAUCCUUACGAAACGGUCCAUAAGAGACAAUAACGCCCAGGCUGCUGGUCUAUCAGAAUUUUUGGUCAUUUCUAAGCAUGAUUUUCUUAAAAUUUUAUAUUUGCUUAUAGCUUUUAAAAAACAUAAAAUAGGCAAAAUAUCUAAAUAUAGUAUAGAAAAUAAAUAAUGCCUCCCCAAUAAAAAGACUCUUUGCGAGUAAAGCACAAUAAAAGACUUUCCUGAUCAACAGAAAAAGCUAACAAAAAUUGCCAAAGAACGAUGGUUAAGGAACACAAAAGCAAAAGAAGAAUUAUCCGCACUUAUAAACCUAGGUAGAGCAGAAGGAAUACCUCGGCAUCUUGAAACCAAAGGGAACUUUAACCACCGAAAAUCACGACGAGUUUCUACUGUAGUAGUUCGUGAUCGUCUUGGGAUGUUUGAAGACACGAUUCAGGCGAAUAGUGAUUCUUUUAAUCACUUAAAGGCAAGGAUUUCUUCAAUUGAAAACGGCGUCAAUAGCCUUUUAAAGUCACUAAAACCUACAAAACAAAAAAUGAAAACAGCCCUAGGUGUGAUUUCUAUGAAAUAUACAUAA